AUGACUUCACCACAUAAUGAUACAAAAUCUCACGUUUCACACAUCGCUCAAUCUUAUACCGAUGUUAAGGGUGAACAAAAACAUGAAUUAAAUGAUCAAUAUGUUCAACCUGUAAAAGAACCUUCCACAAAUUUACCUUUUGAUCAGCAGAUGGCUAUUGAAAAAGGAAGUUAUAAACAAAAGGCUGAUCGUGAAAUUAAAGAAGACGAUGAAGAAGUUUUGAGGAAGAAGGAUCAACGACAAACAAAGAAAAUGCCUGCAAAAAAUACGACUUCAAUCUCACAAAAAAAUAAUCAAUUUAAUGAGUCUAUAAAUAACUUUGAUCAUAAUGAAACAUCAAAAAAUAUUUUAAUUGGUUCUUUCAUUGGAGGAUGGAAUCAACUUCGACCUUUAAUAGAAAUCUGUAAGAUAUUAAUGAAUCGCGGACAUAAUGUGACAUUAAUCUCACCAGGAAAAUAUUCAUCACCAUCAUCAGAUUACCCAAUAAUCCAUCAUAUUUCUUCAGGACCUUCAUUCGAUUUAAGUAUUAUACCAGAAUAUCGAGAAAUCCUUUCAGAAGAAUAUAUGGCUAAUGAAACGAUAAAGGUUGAUUUGUUUUUUUGUGAUUUAUUCUUAAAUGAAGCAUGCAUUGAUGUUGCUUGGUUAAUGAAUAAACCCUUGGUCACCAUGUCAUCUAAAUUAUCGAUGACAUACAUACCCUACAAAUCAGAUCCAAUGAUGGGAUGUCAUGUAAAUAUGGAACGAGAACCAUUUCUGGAGAGAUUCCGAUGUGCAAUCAUUGCACCUAUUCAAAUGAAUUACGUCCUCUCACCUUAUACAAAAAGGUUGAAUGAAUUAAGAAAAAGUUUAGACGUUUCAAAUUCAGAAUCUUUUGAAAAAUUACAAAAUUCUUUAUUUCUAGCUGAUACAUUUUUUGGUUUCGAGACUCCACAUCAAACUCCACCACUUUACCAGGAAAUUGGACCAAUCAUGUCGGAUAAUCAUUUACCUUUGACAAAAGACCUUAAUAAUUUUAUCGCUUUACACAGGAGGAUAAUAUAUGUCAAUUUUGGUACCCAAGUCUGCACUACUUACAUGACCAAUGUAAUUCUCCUUCAAGCGUUUAUCGAAGCGAUAAACAAUAAUAUAAUAGAUGGAAUAAUUUGGAAACUUACAAAAUCAUCUUCAAAAGUAUUAUUCCCAUCUACAAUAAUGCUUUCAGGUAGCAAAACUAUUAUAAAUACUUCAAAUCAUCCUAGCAUUCACAUCAUAGAAGAGUCUCCACAAUUUGCUAUAUUAAAUCAUUCAAACAUUAAAAUACAUUUAACACAUGGGGGAAUAGGAAGCAUUUAUGAAUCGUUGUUUACGGGAACACCAAUGUUAUUAUUACCUAUCGCGUUUGAUCAAUUCGGGAAUUCCGAAAAAUUAUUAGAAAAUGGUGUUGGAUUAUUACUUUCAAAGGUUUCACUUGAUGUUCAAGAUAUUAUAAGAAAGAUUCAAACAUUACAAAAAGACAAAUACAUACUCAUAAAUGUAGAAAGAAUGAAAAGUCUGGCCAUCUUAAAUAGUAAAAGAAAGUUUAGGGCAGCUGAUUUAAUAGAAUUUGUAUUAUAUUCAAAUCAAUUAAAUUCAAUGACAAAUUUUCAUGAAAAUUCUUUUAAAGAGGAUUUAAAAAUAUGGAGGAUUACACCCGAAAUGAGAUUAGGACUUAAAUAUUUGGAUGUUUAUGUCUCUCUGUUGAUGGGAUUUUUAAUAAUUAUUAUGAUAAUAAUUUGGGUAAUUUGUGAGGCUUGUAAAUUCAUUUUUGGAAAUUUUAUCUCGUUUUUUACGGGUCAUAAAAUGUCUCAAGUACGUUCGUAA